GGGUUAACCUUAGUUGACUUGAGUUGUUUUGUUUUAUAUCGAUUUUUUUUUAAUUUUAUCUUUUAACACUUGAUUGAUUGAGAAAUGAAUUCAUAAUUUGUUUCAAUUUGAUUUUUAUUAGGCUAUCCUGGUUUCAUGAUCUGAAUUACGAGUUUGAUAGAUUAAUCCGGAUUUGAUGACGAAUACAUGGUCAUGGGAUCAGCAAACGUUAACAAGAUAUCCUUGGAUGGUUCAAGGGAUACAGAAAUUGCUAUGGGGGCUUACCAACCAACAUACACAUGGGCAAGAAAAAGUUCUCGUCCACAUGGACAGGUAUAUGGUUACCGGAUGUCUCUUUGGGCAGAGCAUCUAGGCAACCUCGAGGAAGCUUUCGGCGAGCCUCAACACCUUGAAUGCAUGAAACGAGUGAGAAAGAUUUCCAGACACAACUGGAAAGCAUAUGUUUCCGAGGAGGGUAAAGAAAUGAGAGGACACUUGCUACAAUAUCCAAUUCAAGUGAGCAGAAGUGGAAAAGUGAGCGCAUUGCCAGGUCAUGAAACAUUUCCUGAUGUUGGUGGCAAAGUUCUUGGAUCACCCACCACCCUUCCUGAUGUUCUAACAACGUAAAUUCAGCUAAAGCUUUCACGCUAUGGAGUUCACCAUGUAUAACUUCAUCUGAGCUGCUUCUUGUUGCACAAAAUAGUGGGGAUCCUGUAGGCACAACAUUGUUGAAACAUCGAACAUGUACACAAAAGGUUGUGACUUAUUCAAACACACAGAGCUAGUGGUAGGUUUGAUGAUGUUUCAUGGCAAUGUUGCAAGAGGUUUACAAGAAUUUGGUACCAUUAUUUAUUAAAU